CAUAUUACCCAUUUUGGACGCUACUGAUUCACACUUUCGCCUAAUAAAAGAAUUAAACUCAAUCCACUUGAAUCAGAUAAUGGCAAACAUACAAACAAAAUUAGAUUGGGACGAUUCAAAUAAAAAAUAUAACACAAACGAAUCGGAGGCUUCUGAUGAAGAGCGAGAGCUGACCAAUCUUAGCUGGCUUAUUGGAAAUCAAAGCUUAAGUUGGACUAAGACUAUUGAGUCAACCGAAAAUGAUCCAAUCUGUAUCUUUGAAACAGACAGAAAAAAUGAAAAAACAAAAAUAUUGAAUAGUUGUAAAAUAAUUCACGACGAAGUAAAAAUUAUCUGCACCAAAGAAAACAUAUUUACUAAAAAAACAAAAAUGUUCAAAACGCAAUCUGUUUCUGAUGCUCAAAUAGCAAAAACAUCAAAAUCAAGAUGGUUGAGUCCCGAUGAACGUUAUGAAAUAUUUUUAAACAAAAUUAAGUGUGACUUAGCAGAAUAUGAAAAACAAGCUAGUAAAUACGAAUCUGAUGUUACUGAAAAACCACCUUUUAAUUAUUCAAAUAUAAUUGGAAUGGCAAUGUUGAAGACAGGACGUGUUACAUUACAACAAUUGUGUGCUUGGAUUGAGUCAAAGUUCGCUUAUUUUCGCGUUCGAAAAAGGUGGAAUAACUCUAUUAGGCAUAAUUUAUCACUUCAUCACUGUUUUCGUAACCGAAAAAGAGAGGACAAAGGAAAAGGUGGCUACUGGGAAUUGGGAAUUGACCCAAAAAAAUGUGACAAAAAGCGGAUUCGUAAAAGAAAACUGUGCAAUAAGCAUAAGCUAAAUAGUAGCUUGGACAGCAAGACCGGGUAUUUUCAGAAGGACGACUUUGAAAUAAUGCAUAAAGAAUUAAAAAAAAAACACGGGUCAUGUAUGGGGGAAUAUAAUGAAAGUUCCCCUAAGCAGUCUGUGCUUACUGAGCAAAGUUCAGUAUCAAUUGAUUCAAUUCCCUCACUAACUUUGGCAAAAGUUGGGUUAGGUGAAAUUCCAAUCAAUCAAAACCCAUUAUUAAACAAAGGUCGAUUAGAAAUUAACUCUUUAAAUGUUCUUUCUAAGAAACAAAUUUCUCAAAAGGAUUAUAAAUUGGGUUCGGUCCCUUUAGGAUCUGCAAAAAUUCUUGAUGCGCGCCAAUCCUUAAACAAUUUAAGUUGUCAUGUUUCAGACAGUAACCAACUGAUUCCAACCCCAGAAUUUCCGCUUAUUAGUGUUGACGAUGACGACAUUGCACCUGUACUUUCUUCCAGCUCAAUUAUUAAUCGAUACGGGAGUAUUCAAGCAGAAAUAUCAAGCUGUGAAAAUGAAACAAUUAGUUACAAUUCCGAAAACUUAGAUGAAUUUGAUGAACGAUUCCAUUGUCUGCAUGCUAGCAUUCAGUACAAUCGUGGUGACGAUAUCUUAGAUAACUUCCUAGACGUUUGUGUUGCACACUAUUAAAAAUUUAAAUUUAUCAGUAAAAAAAGUAUACAUAUAAUUUAUCCUAUUCCUCAGAUAUAUUGUAAUUCCUCAGUACUUACUGUAAAAAAGCUAAAGCUAAACAAUAGUUUUCAGGCUUUUAUUUCCCUAUACAUUUUAACUUUUGGGUCCCGAAGACGAAUGAAUAGCCCGAGUAAGAACCAUAUUUUAGUUCUGCUUCUAAUAUUGUGUAAUUAUGUAAGUGUCUGCCCAUUUUUCUAUUGCGAUUUUUCACCUCGCCGGCUAGCACGCGUUAACAUCUGCAGGGAUGGGAACACCCGGAAAAACCCGAAAGACAAUCUCACAAAAAAAAUAAACUAAUUCAAUUUAUUCAAAAAAAAAAAUAAAUAAAUAGAUUCAAACAAGCACAACCCUGCAGAACUGGAGGUGUUGAUAGUGUGUAUAGGUAAGUGCUUACCUCGUCGAUCACUACAUGGGUACUCACUAAAGUGACCCUAUAGUAAACGAACGUCGAACCACCUAGUCGACUCGAGUUUGCGAUUGGCCCUGGGUAAGUGCUUACCUCGUCGAUCACUACAUGGGUACUUACUAGAUUAACCCUAUAGUAAUCGAUCGUAAGCUAUAGUAAGCAUAAGUACAAAAUAACGGCAAGCAUCGCUUUUGUUUUUUUUAUUUUGUGGAGAGAGCACACACAAGAUUAAAGACAAAACUUCGAUAAUGCUUUACAUCGCUGUUUGUUUACCCGUCUUCGGUGCACUGCUUACAAAAACAAUUGUCCAGAAAGAACAGUUUGUUUUAUUUUGUGCUACUCUUUCGUUUAAACGCAGCUGUGUUUACUGGCUGACGAAAUUUUUGCAAGCAUUUGCGUUGAGAAGAGCAAAGCGGAUCAACUGAUUAUUAGGUGUGUGACCUAAAAAAUAAUAUAUGUUUGUAUUAAAUGUGUACUAAUGUGUCAAUAUUAAAUAAAAAAUAAAAGUACGACAAGCAGUUAAAAUUAUGUAUAGUGAACGACAUAAAAGAAGGCUAA